AGAAAAAAGAAAACAAAAAACCUUUUUAGGCAGACUUCAGGGCACAGGAGACUUGACUUGAAGACUGAACACUGGAAGGAGACGGCACAUCUGAGGACAGCAGGAAAAGGAGAUUUCGUCAGUGGCGAGUCAAAAUGCAGACACAUCAAAACUUCUGCAGGAUCUGGGUUCUGCUUCUGCUUCUCCAUGUGGCUGAUGGAGCUUUUACAUUUGACCUGUUCGAGAAUAUAGCGGCGCCUAAGGAAGGUGACGUGAGGCUGGCGGGCUCCAGGAGCAGUUCGGAGGGUCGGGUGGAGGUCUAUCAUGACGGCCGGUGGGGAACAGUGUGUGACGAUGGCUGGGACAUCGCCGAGGCCCAAGUGGUGUGUCGACAACUGCGCUUCUCUGGAGCAAAGGGUGUUCAAGUCGGACAGCCGUACGGAGAAGCGACUGGACCUAUUUGGAUGGACGACAUGAUCUGUCAGGGCACAGAGAAACAUCUCCUUAACUGUGCUUUCAAAAGCUGGGGGGUGACUGACUGCACCCACAAAGAGGAUGUUGGAAUUAUCUGUGAAAAUAACGACAAUAAUUCCAAGAACGCCAUCUACUCCCUGGACCACAGUUUCUCUCUGUCCGACGAGCUCGGUCAACUGUUUGACAGUGAAGUCGGCUGUGACUUUCUGAUAAUUCUCAGGAGUCCCACUGGACACCGUUUUGAGUACGAGACAGAAGAUAUGAUCUGUGCUCACAAGAUGAUCCUCCUGCUUGUCCCACGCUUUAAUGCCUCACAGGGGGUUUCCAACAUCACUGUUGAUAUCAGCCAGUCCUGCAAACCGUAUUUCCCUACCUUCCUAAGGUACAUUUACACCCGUCAGAUCGAUGUGGACCUGUCCUCCAUCCACUGCCUUCACUGGAUGGCCUCCAUGUUUGAGGUGAAGCAUCUGAUGGAAGGCACAGCCAGGCUCUUCUCCGAAGUUCUGCCUGAGGACACUUUGUUUCACACUCAGGUGUCCAUUUAUAACUAUGCAGUGGAAACUGAGGACUUGGUUCUUCAGGAAAAUUGCCUCCAGUACUUGUCCUGGAACUUCCAAAACCUGACCAAUUCUCCAGCCUGGCCCGACAUCUCUGUGAAGCUCCUGAGAGCCAUUUUAGUCCGUUCAGACCUGGUGGUACCAAACGAGUAUUUUGUGCUCCAGAGUGUGGAGAACUGGAUCACAGACAAGGAUGAAGCCAUCAGUUUGGAAGACCAGGCCCUCAUCCUGAACUGUCUUCGCUUCCCAAUGAUCCCAGUGGAGAAACUGUACGUCCUGGAGACCAACUCAUCCCUUUACAAUAAUCACUCCAAACUCUACAGUGAGAAGAUUUUGAAAGCCUUCCAGUUCAAUGUUCUGCUCUUUAGCGACCUCUUGACCAAUCCUAAAUUUGAUAGAGAAGAACGGGAUUAUCAUCCCAGGCUCUACGUUGAUUAUCCCUGGAGCGUCACUAUUUCCCCCAGCUAUUCAAGCAGAUCCCUCAGUACGCCUUCGCACAACAGCCUGAUCUUUCGCUCCAAAACCAUUAACUGGGAGGCAAAUAUCUACAGAAGUCAUUAUGACUGUUCCAACAGACGAUUACAGUGCAAGUCGUUACCCAUGGCCAGGCUAGCUUCCCACAGCCAUUACCAUGGCAACAAUAUUGUCUAUCAGAACCAGCUCCUGUUGUCCUGCCAAGGCAAAUACAUCUGUCACAUCCAGGACUUCAAGAGCGACCUGGCUUAUGUCACUAAAAAUGCCACCCAUGGUCUGACUUACCCCUGUCCUGACAGCCAGUACACCUACCAGUUCGUGGUGAGACCAGUGUACGUCCGAGUCUGAGCUGUCCUCCUACAGGACGUUACACGUUAACUGAUCUAAGCAACAUUUACUGACAUUUAGGAGUUAAUUCUCUGGCACUGAUUAAAUUGAUUCAUAGGAUAUCAUGUCAAUCAUGUGACUAAUUGUAUAUUUUUACUCAGAAAUAAACCAAUAUCUCUUUGCA